AAGAAAAGUCUCCUUUAAAAAAUUAAUUGAAGCUUCAAACUUGGUUGGUGAAAUACUGAGGACCUUUUCUUUCCCACAAUGACAGUUUAGGAGAAGCCCUAAAUUGUCAGCGAAUUAACAGCCCUUUUUUCGCUUACCGAAUCUGAAGCAUGUCUGGUGAUGAGGAACCUGUGGAUUGCGAGGCGUGCAUGGCCCAGAAACCCACCGAGCCACUGGCCAGCGAUUGCUGUGGCACAGGAUGCAGCCCCUGUGUGUUGGACUUGCAUGACACGGAGCUUGCGACGUGGAGGAGGUCAUGUGAUAGGUGCCACGAAGGAGGGGCACAGACGGAGCAUCGAGAGCCAAUGGAAAAUAAGCAACAGGCAACAAGCUGUCAGGAUGCACUAAGUCCAGACGAAUACAGAGCCUUCAAGCUACAGGCUACGAAGCAAAUAACCCACGAUACAGCUAUCUAUACCUUCCGCCUUCCCGGUAACAGCAAACUCAAUCUAGGUGUUGGCCAACACAUAAUUCUCCGGGGUCCUGUGAAUGGCAGAUUUAUCACAAGACAGUUCACGCCGAUCAGCCCUCCGGGAAUGAAGGGCCACUUCGAUGUCCUUGUCAAGGUUUACAAUGAUGGUGCAAUGUCUCAAUACAUCACGGUAUGGAAGGAAGACGAUGACAUCGAAUGGAGAGGACCGUAUGGAACGUUCUCGUACCAACCCAACCAGUAUCGUCGUAUCGUGAUGCUUGCAGCGGGCACCGGUAUCACCCCAAUGCUCCAGGUGAUUCGACACAUAGUCAUCAAUGAAGAUGAUGAGACGUUCGUCCGCUUGGUGUAUUCAAGCCGGACUUACAGCGACAUCCUGCUGCGAGAGACGCUGAAUGAACUGACCGCCUACUGGAACUUCACUGUCUUGUACGCACUGAGCCGGGAGACACCCGGAGAACAUCCUACCUCAUACGGAGAAAGUUUCCACUACGGCCGCAUCCAGCGGGACACACUGGCGGCUGAGAUGGAGACUAGUCCCCAACCGGAAACCCAGGUCCUCAUUUGCGGUACAAAAUCCUUUGAUAAAGACAUGCUCAAUUUCCUGAAGAAGCUAGAAUUUAAAGGCAACGUCUUCAAAUUUUGAUACAAAUUUCAAGUCCGCCUUUUCUAUCUGUAAUGAAAUAUUUGGAAAACAGUGGGUGUAUUUGUCGGAAAUUUGUUACAUUUUUCUUAGAAACCUGUUUAAAAUUUUAAACUGCUGCAGUACACCACUGGUUCAAAAUGAAUUGUAUGAGGUAUUAAAAAAUACAAACAUUUGUCUAGUAAAUGUACAAGUCUACAUUAUGUGCACACUUCACUAGGCCUUUAAAUUAUAGCACUGCUGUAUUUUUCAAAACAAGGUAUUAAACUUGGACUAUGCAAGCCCAUGUUGGCUCCCAAUAACGUGCAAGUAUAUCCUUCUGUAGACUAUUUCACAGAUACGGCCUUCUUGGAUUUAUUUCCAGGCUUCCCCCCCGUCAUGGAAAUUGUGUGAAACAUGGAAACAUGUCAUCCUCUUUCCACAUAAAAGUUCAAGUUUCCCUUGCCUACGUGAGGGCUGGCAAGUCCAACGACUAUAGUGAAUUUUGUUGGUUUUGCCAACUCUUGCCAAUGCAGGUUUAUGUUUGUCCUGUAAUUUGUUUUUUUCUUGUAUCAUUUAUGUUCCUUCCUAGUAGUGUUUGUAUUGUAUUUUCUCGACUGUUAUUGUUUUAUGAUC